GUUAGGGCUCUCUCUCACUUUUUCUUUCUCUCUCUUUACCAGAUUUCUUUCUAUAUAUGCCUCUACUUGAUUUUCAAUUCACCAAACUCACACAAAACACUAACAAAUUAAAAUUCUCAACAAUUUUCUCCUCCUUCUUUUUCCUUCUUCGUCUCCAAAUAGUUCUAUAGAAUGAGGAAGCGCCAAGUAGUUUUGAGAAGAGAGGAGCCAACAAGGAGUGUUAGGACCGUGAAAUAUGGCGAGUGCCAGAAGAACCACGCCGCGAGCGUAGGCGGCUACGCGGUCGAUGGCUGCAGGGAGUUCAUGGCAAGCGGCGAGGAGGGGACAGGGGCUGCCCUCGCCUGCGCCGCUUGCGGCUGCCAUAGAAGCUUCCACAAGAGAGAGGUUGAGACUGAAGUAGUGUGUGAGUGUUCUUCACCGCCACCCUCUAAUAAUGGAACUACUUAGAAAGACACCACUUUUAAAAAAUUGUAAUGCCUCUUUUUUUUUUAAAGAAAAAAAAAAGAAAUGGUUGUAAAAUAUUCUGUGGACUUGCUUAAUUAUUUUAUUUUCCUUGGUGUUAAGAUUUGGGAUUUUAACAUUCAUUAUUUCACUCUAUUAAUAUUGGUAUUAUUCUAGCUAGAGUAGUAUGUUCUUAAUUUUAUGUGUGUAAAGUGUUAAAGCAAUUAGGAAGUUGUAUUUUCUUAAUUUUAAUUAAUAUUUUUUUUGUCAUAUAUAAUUAUGUGUGAGCCAUGUUAUUAAGGAUUAUUUGCUUGUUGUUGAUAAACUACUAGUCAACAAAUUAAAGUGAAUAAUUUUUUUAUUUAUUUUCUUUCUUUAAUUUCUAUUUCCUU